UUCCUGCCGGGCGGUCCUCUCCCCUCCUCAGCCCGCUCCCUCCGCCCCGCUCCCUCCGCCCUCCCUGGGCUUCGGCAGCGGCGGCGGCGGAGUGAACGGGACGGGCCCGCCCGACCGCAGAGCUCUGGGCGGCGGGUGGGACUCGGACGUCUGACAGAGUUGUUGUUCCGGCAGCGGCCGCGGAGACGUGAGUUUUGCCAGGUGGAUGUGGGAAGAGAAGUUUGCAGAACUGAAAUGGAGGUCAGAGCUUCAUUACAGAAGGUUAGUGGGUCAUCUGAUUCUGUGGCCACAGAGAACAGUGAAGAAUUUGUUUUGGUUCCUCAGCACACAGAUGAUACUUCUACAAAGGAUGACGGAAAGCCGCAGCUGAAGAUAGCUUCCAAUGGUGAUGAACAGUUGGAAAAAGCCAUGGAAGAGAUUUUGAGAGAUUCUGAGAAAGGACAAAGUAGCCUAUUUGUUGAUUGUCAGGGUUCCAAUGAUAUUUCAGACUACUCCUUUGGAGAUGUUCCAGCCAGCCAAACAAAUAAGCCAUCUCUUCAGUUAAUUUUGGAUCCAUCAAACACAGAAAUUUCCAAACCCAGACCGUCUUCUCCAAGUGGACUUUCUGAAGAAGACAGUGUUCUAUUUAACAAAUUGACUUACUUAGGAUGUAUGAAGGUUUCUUCCCCACGUAGUGAAGUAGAGGCUUUACGGGCAAUGGCAACCAUGAGAGCCUCCAGUCAGUACCCCUUUGCUGUUACACUGUAUGUGCCCAAUGUUCCAGAAGGUUCUGUGAGAAUUAUAGACCAGUCAAGCAGUGUGGAGAUAGCAUCCUUCCCAAUUUAUAAGGUGUUAUUCUGUGCACGUGGGCAUGAUGGGACAACAGAGAGCAAUUGCUUUGCAUUUACAGAGAGUUCUCAUGGUUCAGAAGAAUUUCAGAUACAUGUUUUCUCCUGUGAAAUUAAAGAGGCACUGUCACUUAAUACACCUGUAUGGUUACUGGAUCACUGGAACUGAACAACAAGGGGAUAAACUGAAGAAUUCAAGAACCUGCUGCUUGAGAGAUGGAAAUGCUGCCCUAGGAAGAAACUGAGAGGGAACCUGCUGCAUGUAUUUCUAUAACUGAUGGUAUGCAAUCUCUUUUAGGAUUAUAGUAUCUAUUUAUUUAUUUAUGAAUUGAAGAGCUUUUAAUAGUGGGUGAUGAAUGGGAAAAAAGUGGGAAAUUCUUGACUUGAUAAUUUUGGAGAUACUACUAUUACAUUUCUAGACAGUGUAUUGCUGGCUGUGAUUUUCAUGUUUUAAUUUUUAAAAAACACACUUUUGAAAGUUUUAUUGUCAAUCAUUGAUGAAUAAAACAUAUUGUUUGAAAAAGGAGGUACAGGACUAUGGCCAUUAAAUCUUAUUGGGAGAGAACAUUUGUAAAUAUUGAGUAACCCAGUGUAUAUAGAGAGCUUAUGUCAGCCAUUGUGUGAACCAUCUGCUUGAUUGAUGCUCCUAACAUCCCAUGGAUGGGUAGGAUUUUUUUUAGACAACUGAAAUUAUAUUUGCCUGGAACAACCUUAAUUUAUGCCUGUUGUCCAGGUAUAUUACUAAUACCCUUACAUUUACUUUAAAAAAUGUUCUGGUUUAGAUGAUAAUUUGUGUGGUUACCUUUUGCUUGACCCAAGACAAAGAGAAUGGGUAAAAGAGCUGGGCUUCAAAUUGAAGCCUUUAGCUCAGAAGAACUAUAUAUUUAUUUUCAGCAAAUAAAUAAAUGUUGUUGUUUAAAUAUUGUAAAAAGUAGGGGCCAGUGAGAUAGCUGAGUGGAUAAGGGUGCUUGCUGUCAAGGCUGACAACUUCAGUUUGAUCUCUGGCACAUAUAAAGUGGACCUAUCCUCUGCCUUCUACCCACAUGUGCAACACCACACACACAUAUGCAUACAG